AGUCGGUCGCGCGUGAGCGGAGAGGGUGGGUGUCUUACGGGGGCGCCGACGUAGAUCGGUUGGAACGGCGUCGUUUGUGUGAACUUUGCACGAUUUGGUCUUCGCAGCAGCGCAUUCAGUGCAGAAAGAAGCCAGCUCCAAGUCACUGUUCCGUGUGAUGCUCGCGGUAGGCGGAGCUAUUCAUCGUCUUUGAAUCCUGCGGACUGCGCCGGGUGUAUCUCGUCUCCUAGUCUGUCAAAGUCGCCACCAUGGCCAUCACGUCGCUGUCAGCGGAGACGCUGGACAGCCACAUCCUGACGCUGAUAGACAAGCUGGACCACGUGCAGGGCGAGCUGAGCCCGCCGCCGGCGCGGCUGCCCAUGCACGUGGAGGUGCGCCGGCUCGAGUUCUGGCGCGCCAUCAUCGCCGAGUGCAUGGCCACGUUCUUCUUCGUGUUCCUGAUCUGCGCGGCCAACGUGCCGUGGAGCACGCACACGGUCUGGGCGGCGCAGAGUCUGUUCGCCGGCGCGUUCACGGCCGGUCUGGCGGCCGCAGCGCUUACCCAGUGUUUCUGGCGCGUCUCCGGCGCGCACAUGAACCCGGCCGUGACACUGGCGCACGCCGCCACGCGCAAAGUGUCGCCGCUCAGAUGUCUGCUCUACAUCACUGCCCAGUGCGGCGGCGCCAUCGCCGGAGCUGCGCUCCUCUACGGGUCGUCGACGACCAGCCUGCAGGGCUCGCUGGGCGUGACGGUGGUGACGCCGCCGCUCACCGCCUGGCAGGGCUUCGGCGUCGAGUUCGUCCUCACCUUCAUCCUGGUGUUCGUCGUGUUCUCGGUCUCGGAGCCGUCGCGCCGGCCGCUGGGCAACAGCGCGGUCGUCAUCGGCUUCACCUACCUGGCCGUCAGCCUCGCCGGGAUCCGCUGCACAGGAGCCUCCGUGAACCCGGCCCGCUCCCUGGGACCGGCCUUCGUCAUGAACAUCUGGAAGGACCACUGGGUGUACUGGUUCUCGCCCCUUACCGCCGCUGUGGUGGCCUCCUACGUGCACGAGUACAUCUUCAACCCCAACCGACGCUACCGGCUCAAGGACACCAUGGAUACAGAAUCUCUGGGCGGUCAGAGCGAUGACGAAGUGUUCGAGGAGGACCGGCCCAAGCUCUCCUCGGCCGACUACAACACGCUGCGCUCGCAGUCGUACGCCAUCUACGGCGCCGGCUCCAAGCCGAGCCCGGCCGGCGGCGCGCGCUCCGUGUUCUCUGUACCGGCGUACCGCGGCGUACACCGGGCCGAGUCGGUGUACGGCGGUACCAAGUCGCUGUACGCGUGCUCGCCGCCGCCCAGCCGCGCGCACCUCGCCAGGUCCCAGUCGGUGUACACCAAGGACCGCCGGUGUGCCCAGGAGGGGGGCCGCGCCGGCAUCACGGCCGCCCAGAGCGUGUACCCGCGGAUCGGCGGCGGCGGCGGGCUGGCGCAGACAGAGUCCAUGUACGCCACCCGCAGCUGCGCGCGCCAGGAGCCCACCUACGCCGACCGCCGCGCCGCCGCCGCCGAGCAGGCCGAGGCGCACAAGCCGCUGUAUUCUACCAAGGAGGACGCGCUGUCCUACAGCACUGCCACCACCCAGUUCACGGCCAGCUCCCGGGCCGACGACUACGGCCAUUACCCAGCGGUGUCACGGCACGACGACUACGCCGUCUACGGCAAACAGCCAGAGCUCUACUCCAAGCCGCAGUACCCGAGCUACCAUUCGGCGGCUGCCGAGAACGCGCACAACCAGCGCAGUGCCGCCGGCCGGUCGCACGGCUCCGCGCCCGGCGCCGGCGGCCUGCCCGCCUACGGCGCCUACUCGGGCCGGUCCGGACCGCCGCCGCCGCCGCCCCCACCGAGGAACGGAGACAUGAUGUCUCCGCGGUCCGUGGCCGGAUCGGAGACGACCUCCGGACUCACCACGCCCAACUCGGUGAGCUCCUACCGCUGAGCCAGAGGUGAGCUCAGCGGGUCGAAAAACAGGGGACCAAACUGAGCGAGCGAGGUGGGCUGAGUGGCCUGCUCCGCUGCCGCUUGCGUACGAGAGACUGACAGGGCUGGUCCCUGGGGUGGUAGCCUGGCUGUAGUCAUUACACUGACUCAUCCGAUGCUUCAUUUGAUGCUCGAGAUCGGUCCGGCCUCCUCCGAAGCCCCAACAAGUGCGGUGAGUCGAGCACGGGAACCCGAUCCUGGUUGGAUACGUGUUAUUCCGUGCAGUCCAGCGCCGUGCUCAGCGAUCUUUGUGAUGAUUCUAACACGUGCCACGUAGUCACGUGCGGAAGCGUUCCACUUGUAAUAAUACUGGAUACGCCGCUGCGGUAAAGACAACCUGUGUGAAGCCAUGGAUUAGGUUCAUCCAUGGUGAAGCGGUGCGUCCAACAUGAGGUAGCGUCCAGCGCCAUCUAUCGCACGUUUCCACAAACAAGGUUCGCACCGUCAGCGCCAGAAGUACAGAACGGGAGGGUCAGUGGCUUCUGCUUUGCCGCCGCCUUGCAGCCUGGACUGUAGUGUCCAAGCAACUGGAGUGAGGUCUACAAGUGGAUUGUGUGCCACCUUCCAGAAGGAAGAGCAAGAAGAGACUCACUUCAAGAGAAGAUCGGGUAUCACUUUCAUACCUGACCAUUUCAUUGUCAUGUGUGGCAGUGUCAUGCCGAUUUGUCAUGCGUCAUGUCGAUGUGUCAUGUGUCAUGCUUGUGUCAUGUGUCAUGCUUGUGUCAUGUGUUGCAGUAUGCCUUGAUGUCAUGUAUCAUGUGUUGAUACUGGUAUGUAGGUGAGUUAACCCGCGACCCAGCUCAGCUCACUGGUCCUGGCACGGCUGCCAGCACGCUCUGAGCGCGUUCGCAUGACACCUUCUUCCGGUCAGCGGAUCCAGCUCAGAUCCUCCGUUUGUCGCGGCUGGCUGUGCUCGCACGCUGACUGAGUGUCAGUGUAACCGGCGGAUAUGCUUCCUUCGUCUCGGAUCGUACCGAAACUGAGAGGAGGUAACUAGUCGCCGUGCUGGCUACGGCGCCCGAUUCGAGCGAUUAACGGAGAGCCCGACGGGCAGGCUCCACCUAGGCAACGAGUCUUUUUUAAUCGUGUUCAGCACAGAUGUCCGUUUCAUUGUACCACGUGUUUUAGUUCGCUGUACUGAUGUGCCAAGUCAUGUGUUGGUUGUACAUUUGUGUUUUUGUUUGUCAAGAGCAGAGUUGGCAGACAAAGCGUUGUAAAGACCGUAGAGAUGAACCAUUGCUGACGCACGGUACAUGUGUAAUGUUCGUGGCGGUUGAUGUUUGCAUCGACAGUAUUGUAUUGCAUAGGCUGAAGAGCGAAUACACUUGAUAAUUAUUUA